UGUUAACGUAAAUGGUAAUUAAACUUCAACAGUGGAGUGCAGAAACCAGCAUAACUAAUACUUAUAUUCGAGAAAAGUGUAAUAAGGGCAGCCUGAGAAGUAUUUCUUGUCGACAUGGAUUGGUUAAAAUUUGUCUUCGCUUUGCUUGCAUUGGUAACAUGGGCGUCAUCUCAAGAAAGAGGUGUUCAACUACGCUUGACAAAGAAAGGAAUGUUUUAUGCUGUUUACGUUGGUAUUAGGAUUAUGCAAGAAGAUCUAAAAAAGGAUGUUAUCAACACGGGUGAAAAAACUGGUAAUUUUGAAUACAACGUUCAAAAUAUGCGAAUUACAAAAGCCGUAUUUCAAAAGUAUGAGUUAAUACCAGUCAGUGGUACAGGUAUGAGGAGUAAGGUGUCUGGCAUAACAUUGGAAGCAUAUGGUAGAUUGAAGUACAUAUACAAAGAUGGAUGGUUCAUGUUUAAAGACAAUAUUGGAAUCGAUUUUAAAGCUAAAAAUGUCUAUUUUGAUAUUAUCCUAAGUAUUGGUUCAGAUUCAAAUGGUCGACCAACCAUUGCAAUUCAAAAGUGUUCUGCAGGCGUCAACGAUAUCGAUAUUCUUUUUAAGGGAGGACAAGCAUGGCUGUACAAUAUAUUUAGAGACAUAGUUGGACAAGAACUUAAAAAGUUUUUUGGAGACCUGCUCUGCAAACUGGUAACCAAAGAAAUCAACACGAGAGCAAAAAGUGAACUCGCAACCUUUCUAGUUGUCAGUACAAUCGAUGAAUGGGCCAAAAUUGAUUAUCGUUUAACACAAGCACCAGUUUUCACGUCUGAACAUAUGGAUGUUUACUUGAAGGGUGAAUUUAAAUCAGUCAAGGACCCUAAAGAACCCAAGUCACUGAUGCCCACAUUUUCAACCUCGAGUGAUCAAAACCGUAUGAUAUACCUUUGGUUAACUGAUUAUACUCUAAACAGUGCUGGACAAGUGUACAACAAAAGUGGACGCUUGUAUGCAACAUUUGCAGCAUGGGACGACAAGGUACCAGAAGAUUUAAAGAGUACUUUAAACACAGGAACAUUUGCUUUGUUAUUUCCAAAGCUGCAAGAAAUGUAUCCAAACGCACCCAUAAGUUUAGAAUUAAAAUCAUAUAAACCACCGGUAAUUAAAAUUGGAAAAGAUCAGCUAAAACUCCGUUUUUAUACGCAUGCGUUGUUUAACGUGAAAGAUACAUCGAAUAAAAUUAUCCGAGUUUUUUCCGCCAGAUUUGAUAUCACUGCCACGGGUUUGAUUGGCAUACAAAGAAAUAACAUCAGUGGAAAAAUAUCUUCAUUUGACUACGUUGCAAAGGUUUUAUCAUCAAAUGUUGGAAAGAUAACAAUUCCAUUAGAUUCACCACUUGUCAAAUUAAUAUUUCAAUCCACAUUAAUCGACAAAGCAAACCCUAUCCUUCAAAGAGGAUUUCCGUUACCGAAAGUGAAUGAUAUUGAUUUCACUAAUUUUGACGUGAAGUUGGAAAAGAAUGUCAUCCGCAUUGGUACUGACAUUAAGUAUGUCAAAGGCAAAAAGUAAAGUUUCAAGAAAAGUCUUUCUACAGUUUAUUUUUAAUUUUAUAUUUUAACGAUAUUAGUGUUUGUGUACUUUUAAAUACAGUAGCUAACUAAAAAUUCCCUUGCAUUGGUAUACCUGACUUAAAAGCAGUCAAAUGUUCAAGUCUCACCACCAAAAAGCGAAUGAUUUCUUUCACGACUGAUUAGGAAGGUCUUAGUUUCAAGCAAGAUCUUGGUCAGCCUAACAACUUACUUUCCAGAACAUGUAUUGCUUCAAAAGUACUAGUAUAAUCUAUAAACCAGGUAGCCAACUUAUUUUAAGCGAUUUAUUUUUGGAUGGAGCAAGAAACCUAACGUAAAAAUUUUAAAAAACAUAAAAACUCAUAGGGUACCUAUUGUAUAAAAAAUAGGUCCUCUGAAUUUUCCAUCAUCUUGCCGAGGAGCAAGGUAAUGACAUCAAAAUUUAUGUAAUGUUUGCCGCU